AUGUCCGGAGCUCUUGAUGUCCUGCAGAUGAAGGAGGAGGAUUUCCUCAAAUUCCUUGCUGCAGGAACCCACUCAGGUGGCACCAACCUUGACUUUCAGAUGGAGCAGUACAUCUACAAACGGAAAAGUGAUGGUAUCUACAUCAUAAAUCUGAAGAGGACCUGGGAGAAGCUGUUGCUCGCGGCUCGGGCCAUUGUUGCCAUUGAGAACCCUGCUGACGUCAGCGUCAUUUCCUCCAGGAACACUGGCCAGCGAGCUGUGCUCAAGUUUGCUGCUGCCACAGGAGCCACUCCAAUUGCUGGCCGCUUCACACCUGGGACCUUCACUAACCAGAUCCACGAAGCCUUCAGGGAGCCACGACUUCUAGUGGUAACUGAUCCCAGGGCUGACUACCAGCCCCUCACAGAGGCCUCUUAUGUCAACCUGCCCACCAUUGCUCUGUGUAACACAGACUCUCCCCUGCGCUAUGUGGACAUUGCCAUCCCGUGCAACAAGGGAACUCAUUCAGUGGGUCUGAUGUGGUGGAUGCUGGCCCGGGAAGUACUCCGCAUGCGAGGUACUAUCUCCCGUGAGCACCCAUGGGAGGUUAUGCCUGAUCUUUACUUCUAUAGAGACCCAGAGGAGAUUGAGAAGGAGGAACAGGCUGCUGCUGAGAAGGCUGUGACCAAGGAGGAAUUCCAGGGUGAAUGGACUGUACCAGCUCCUGAGUUCACUGCUGCUCAGCCUGAGGUGGCCGAUUGGUCUGAGGGUGUGCAGCUACCCUCUGUGCCCAUCCAGCAGUUCCCCACGGAGGACUGA